AAUACCAAACCCUCGUCUCUCUUUGGCCUUGGAUGGCCACCUCAGUUGCUCAUAUAAUAUAAUCUCUGUCAGUUUGCCUGCCCUGUUUUGUAUCAACUUGUUCUUCGGACAUGACUACAAAAAUCAGUUUCUUUUUGUGUCAGAAACCCAUAAUUGAAGUUAACUAUAAACGCCCAUCAUCUGCAAAAAGAGUUUGAAUCUGAAACAUGGAAAAUGAAGGUGAGCAUGUAUUCAAGAAUGGUGAAGGAACAAGCAGCAGCAGCAACACUGUUGGUCCUCCACUUCAAAGGUUUGGGGAUUCAACCGAGAUAACCGAAGAGACACCUGUUGGUCAGCACCGAUGUUGUGACGACCUUGUCUUAGCGAUACCAUCGAGAAGUCCCGAGUAUGCAAGGGAGGAAUUCGUGAGAAUAGACAUGGCCUUAACACCAACAGCCACUCCUAGAAGAGUCAACUUUUCACCCAUGUCUAGUCCUAUCUUUUCCAGAUUCGAUGAUUCUCCAGUGCAUUUGUCACCGAAAAGUAAACCAUCCUUAAAAAGCUUACUUCCGAAGUUGAGUUUCAAAUACCGCAACACUAAUUUGGAAAAUGAGAAGGCUGCUAUCUUAUCAUUGGGUGGCUCAUCAGCAGAUAUACAAGAAAAGCCUCACAUCCCAAGGACGUUUUCCCUCUCAAAGCUUUUCACACCGAGGGCUAAAAAUACAUCGUCGUUACCCAGUACUCCAACUGCACAUUCAAACCUGGAGUCCAUGCAUGGUGGGCAGAAAGGAGGAGCUUCUGGACCACCCAUCCAUCGUUCACGUUCAGUGCCUGUGCUCAACGAAGAUGGAAGCAUAACACAGUUGGAUUCUUUAGGCGGUGUAUUUCGUGUGAUUCCUACAACUCCACAAGCAGUCAAGGGAACUGUUGUAACAUCGAACAUAAUUACCAAAAGUGAUACUGAUGGAAACAGUGAUGGCGGUGAAGAUAUUCCCGAAGAAGAAGCUGUUUGUCGAAUCUGUUUGACCGAGCUAGGAGAAGGUGCCGAGACCCUCAAGAUGGAAUGUAGCUGCAAAGGAGAACUUGCCCUUGCGCACCAAGAAUGUGCUGUAAAAUGGUUUAGCAUCAAAGGUAAUAAAACUUGUGACGUGUGCAAGCAAGAUGUCCAAAACCUACCUGUUACUCUUUUACGAGUUCAAAAUGUUCAACCUCAUAACAUGAGAGGAACUGGGGUUGAAGGUCCUAGAUACAGGUUCUGGCAGGAUGUUCCCAUUCUUGUCAUUGUUAGCAUGCUUGCUUACUUUUGUUUUCUUGAGCAGCUGCUGGUUUCGAAAAUGAAGUCUGGUGCAAUUGCCAUCUCUCUUCCUUUCUCCUGUAUAUUGGGUCUACUUGCAUCGAUGACAUCCACAACAAUGGUAAGGAGAAAAUACGUCUGGAUUUAUGCUACGAUUCAAUACGCACUGGUGGUUCUAUCAGCACAUCUUUUCUUCUCGUUGCUCCACAUACAGGCUGUUCUCUCUGUUCUUCUCUCUGCAUUUGUUGGGAUUGGUGGCACAAUGUGUGGAACCUCUAUUAUUAACGAAGUUCCGAAUGUGUGGAGAACGCGGCGUACAGAAUCAAGUCAACCACUUAGUUCUCAAGAAGCACCGAGGUCGGAUCGACCACCAGAAACAGUGCCACCGCAACAAACACAAACGGAUAUUCACACUACUGAAAUGAGAGCUUUAGAAAGUGGGAAUGCCAAUUAAAUUAACAAAUCUAAGGUGUAAAAUGGUAUAAGAUGAUAACUUUCUGCUGUAUAUAUACCACCUCAUUUCAUACAGAUGCUGCUCUA